AUUCCGACUGAGCACCAAUGUGAGCAGCUGACUCGAGGACAGCGGUCGGUGUGCCGCGCCUCCUCUCCGUCGCCCGUCGCGUUUUGUAAACUUCUAACCCGCUUCCGCGUCGAGCAGCGGCGCCGUCAAGGUCCAGACAUGGCGCUGAGUGUUUUAUACAACGUCAAACUCCUGCGAACGAGCACCCGGACGCAAACCGUCAGACUGGCGCACAGCCUCCUGCGGAGAGACGCCGGACCGCAGCGCGAGCUGUCCCCGCGCAGAGCUCACUGCCGCCCGGUCGGUGCGAGUCAGUGGCUCACAGCAGCGCUGCGUGAACACUCCUCCAGGACGUUCUCCUCCUCGUUGCCUCCUCCGCCUUCAUCAGAGAACAACAACAACAAGAAGAAGAAGUCUGGGCCGGUCACGUGGAAAUCUUUAGCGAUCACAUUUGCAAUCGGAGGCUCUCUGCUCGGAGGGAUGAAGUAUCUGAAGAAAGAGAAGGAAGAACAGUUGGACAAGGAGCGGAACCGGUCGGUGGGCCGGCCGGCGCUCGGCGGUCCGUUCUCCCUCGUGGAUCACAACAACAAGCCCGCCACCAGCGAGGACUUCCUGGGCCAGUGGGUCCUCAUCUACUUCGGCUUCACUCACUGUCCCGACAUCUGCCCCGACGAAAUAGAGAAGAUGAUCGAGGUGGUGGACGAAAUAGAGAAGGUGAAGUCUCUUCCAAACCUGACGCCCAUCCUCAUCACUAUCGAUCCGGACCGGGACACCACCGAGGCCAUGGCGGCGUACGUGAAAGAGUUCUCCCCGAAGCUGAUCGGCCUGACGGGGCCCAAGGAUCGCAUCGAGGACGUGUCCCGAGCCUUCAGGGUUUAUUACAGCCAGGGACCAAAGGACGAAGACAACGACUACAUCGUGGACCACACCAUCAUCAUGUACCUGGUGGCGCCCGACGGGGAGUUCGAGCAGUACUUCGGACAGAACAAGACCGCCGCGGAGAUCACCAACUCCGUCGCGGCGCACAUGAGGAAGUACAAGAACGCCGAGGCGGCGGCCAACCGGAAGCUGGCGGCGGACCGGCGGGUUUGAUCACCACCGACGCGUCUCGCGUGUAUUUAUUCUGAACAAAGAGCGUCACGUUCCCCUUUUUUAAAAGGAGCGGCGCGUCGCGAGGACGUUCUGCAUCACGCCGCAGCUGCAUCCUGUUUGAAAAAAGGUCAUCCGAUGAGAUCAAUAGCUGUGAUUUCCUGAUGCAAGAGUGAGGAAAUAACCUGUGGUUUUGAUUUUAUGAUAUAAAAAAAGAAAAAUACAACAAUGUGUUGGAUAUUUUAUUUGUGUAUUGAUCAGCACCAAGCAGUUUG